AUGCACGUCCGUAUGAUUCUGGUCGUGCGAGCACACUGGUGGCAGAGAGAUUACCGGGGGGUGACCGGGCUGGCCCGAUUAAAGUGCGGAUUCCCGAGAUCCCGACCAUCUCCGAUCGCCGUUGGUGGGGGUGGAUCGCCUACUGGUGAACGGGAGAAGGGCCAGACUGUGGAGAUUCCAAGUCGAUAUUCCAUCUCUUGUGACAACCCUCCCUCCACCUGUCUCUUGACACCGUCUCUCUUGACCCUCCCCACAAACAGUCCUCUCCAGCCCAGGUCGCCUUCGCCAGCCUCCCUCCUCGCCACCUCGUCUGCUCAACAGCGCCCGCGCGCGCCAGACUCCGCCCGAGGUACGGGCCUGCGGCAUGAACCCCGUCCCCAUCCCCUCCACUUGUCGAUGCACUUUAACGUCUCAACGGCCGAGGCCCCCAGCACGAGGUUGAGCGAAGCCGCCGCCGCUGCUGGUGUGCCCACUACCGAACUCGCCGCCGCCGCCGCUGCAGCUGUACCAGCCCCCUUGUCCGCCGUGGCCAUGAGCGUCGCCGCCAACCCUGCCCCCGUGGCCAGCGCUGCCGGGCACGCCGCACAUCAAGUCGCCCACGCCGCUGUCAACAUCCACCAUCAUCCGCAGCACACCUCAGUACCGACCACUGCACUCCCCCUGCAUCCUGCCGUCCCCGCACCGCAGUAUGAAGAGGCAUACUAUGAGGACAUUGAGCGGGAGCCCGCGCUCACGUUUAGAGAGCGCGUGAGCGACUUUGUGCAGGACAACCAGACCGUCAUCAACACGUUCUGUGCUGGUGGUCUGGCCGGCGCGGCUAGCCGAACGGCAGUCGCACCGCUGGAGAGGUUGAAGAUUAUCUUGCAAGUUCAGAGCUCCACGCCUGGAGGCUCGGGACAGGCAUAUGGUGGCAUCGGGCCGAGUUUGGUGCGGAUGUGGAAGGCUGAGGGCUUUGCGGGAUUCAUGAAGGGCAAUGGCAUCAACGUCGUGAGACGCAAGGCUAACGGCCAGAUCCUGCCCUAUUCGGCGUUGCAGUUCAGCUCGUACGGCGUAUUCAAGACGUUGUUACGAACAUGGAGCGGUGAGGAGACGCUCUCGGCACCCCUGCGACUCAGCGCCGGAGCAGGUGCUGGUAUCGUCGCUGUUGUCGCCACAUACCCGCUUGACUUGGUGCGGGCUCGUCUGUCAAUUGCGACAGCAAACAUGGCCCAAACGGGCGCUGCUGCUGCGGCGUUUACAAGCGAGGAUGCCAAGCUCGGUAUGGUCGGUAUGACCAAGAAGGUGUACCGCACCGAGGGCGGAGUGAGGGGUCUCUAUCGUGGAGUGUUGGCAACAGCGGUCGGCGUGGCACCGUACGUGUCACUCAACUUUUACAUGUACGAGAACCUCAAGAACCUCGUGUUGCCGGCCGACCUCGAGAUGGGCGACGCAGAGUUUGCCGCGCGCAAGCUGCUAUGCGGUGGCCUCGCGGGAGCCAUCUCGCUCAUCUUCACACACCCUAUGGACGUGGUGCGCCGCAAAAUGCAGGUCGCAGGCCUCGCGGCUCUGUCGCCGCAAUACAGCGGCGCGAUCGACUGUAUCGCCAAGACGAUCAAGUCGGACGGGUUCUGGAAGGGCAUGUACCGCGGACUGGUGCCCAACUUUGUCAAGAUUGUGCCGUCCAUGGCCGUGUCGUUCUACACCUUUGACACGGUGAUGGAUCUCCUCCAGGACUGGCAGGCGCGGGAUGACGACGAUGACGACGACGUCGUAUAA